CUUCUUUCUUUCCCUCCCCCACCUCCCCCUCUCCCUACAUACAUAUUCCCUCCCCUCGUGUCUUUGUCCGGCGCUCUUUCACCCAGACACACCCGCCUUCCCCUCCCUCUCUGUUGCAGCAUCCCGCCCACGCGCACGGAAGAGCUCCUGAUGGCCGCGCCCUCGACCCCCUCGACGCCGCGCGCCGCGCAAAAAAGUCUGCUGGCCUUCUUCUCGCGGCAGCCCAAGAAGGAGCCGGUCGAUGCCAUGGGCCCCGGGCCCUCGGUGCCGGCCGCGCCGCCCGUUGAGGCCGGGCCCAAGCGCAGUCGCUCGCCCUCGCCCCCGCCGCGGCCGCUCGCCAGCCCGAUGAAGAUCGAGCCGACCUCGGUGGUCAAGCCCGAGCCAACCUCGGUGGUCAAGCCCGAGCCGGUGGCAAUGGGUGAGCCCGAGUCGCGGCCGGCGGCGCCGCAGCACACGCCAAAGCGCGCGCGCCGGGCCACGGCCCUCAUCCUCGACGACGACAUGCACACCGCCAGCGAGCACUCCGACAGUGACUGCUAUGUGCCCGAGUCGGAGGAGGACUCGCCGCCGGCCCGGCGGUCCACCCGACUGACUGGGCGCCGGGCCGCCGGCGCCGCUCCCGCCGCCACCGCCACCCCCCGGCGGGACAGCGCCUCCGCCGAGUCCGGCCAUCUGGGCAUCCACUCCGGCCUGGCGGCCACCCCCCAGCGGCCGAGCGGCCCGUUGGCCGCGUUUGCCAGCCCCUCCGCGGCCCCGGACACCACCCCCUCACGGGCCCCGGUGUGGACCCCCUCGCGGACCCCGGGCGGGGGACUGGCACGGCCGCUCUUCGCCCCGGGCAGCCCGGGGUUCAUGGAGCCGGACACCCCGAGCGGCGGCGGCGGCGGCGGCGGCGGCGGCGGCGACAGCCUGCGCUAUGCCUUCCUGCAGAACCCGCUGGACGCGCGCCGGCGCCCGCGCGACCACCCGGACUACGACCCGAAGACGCUGUACAUCCCGCCGGAGGUGAUGCGCACCUUCAAGCCCUUCGAGGCCCAGUACUGGAAGAUCAAGUGCCAGUACUUUGACACGCUGCUCUUCUACAAGAAGGGCUUCUUCUACGAGCUGUAUGAGGGCGACGCCGACAUCGGUGUCCAGGAGUUGGACUUGACCUACACGCGCAUGGCCCGGGCCGGGGAGAUGAAGUGCGCCGGCUUCCCCACCAGCAAGGUGGAGGAGUGGACGGCCAAGGCCCUGGCCCGGGGGUACCGGGUGGCGCGCGUGGACGAGAUGGAGUCCGGGCUGGCCAAGAGCCUGCGCGCGCGCGAGGCCGGCCAGCCCCCGGGCGGCACGCCUUCCGGCUCGCAGAGCACCGUCCUCGGGCGUGGGCUCACGCAGAUCGCCACCCCCGGGACCCUGGUCCAUUCGGAGCUCCUGCUGCAGGGGGCGGCGCCGCGCUUUUGCGCGUCCAUCUGCCAGGCCACCGUGCCCGGGCCCGGUGGCGCCGGCUCGGUCACGGCUUUCGGUGUGGUGCUGCUCGACGCGUCGACCGGGCAAUUCCGUGUCGGCCUCAUCCGCGAGGAGGAUGACACCGCGGCCGAGGACCCCCACGCCGGGCCGGGCGCCGGGGGGGUGGCCUCCGGCGGCAUGUGCAUCGGGGCGGCCGAUUGCGCCCGGCUGGAGACCCUGCUGGUGCAGACCCGGCCGCGGGAGAUUGUCUACCCGCGUGGGCGUCUUGACCGGACGGCCUUGCGGGCCAUCCGAGCGGCGGCCGCCCGCGUUGGCGGCGGCUCCACCGGCGCCCGGUAUGGCUCCAAUGUGCUGACGGCCCUCGAGCCGGGGUCCGAAUUUUGGGAUGCCGCCGCCACCGAAGCCGAGCUGGACAUGUACCUGGCCCCGGGUGCCGGGGGCGCAUCGGCCGGCGGGCCGGAUGCCAGCCCCCUGCUGCAGCAGCUGGCCGACUCGCUCGACGCGGCCUUCGACCAAUUCACCGCCAUGGAGACCGAGCAGCCCGGCGACAAGGCGGCCGCCCUGGGCCACGGCACGGGGGCCCCCGGGUCCGGGCGCUUCCUGGACCGGCUGCCGGCCGAGGUGGCGGCCCUGCUGCGCGCGGAGCCGGUGGUCCUCUCGGCUCUCGGGGGUUUGGUUUGGUACUUGCGGCGGAUCCGCCUCGAUGAGGAUCUCCUCCUGCAGGGGCGCUUCUCCAUCUUGCAGCUGGCGGACGACCUGUCGCACUUGGAGCAGCCGGCCGGGGCCGGGGCCGGGGCCGGGGCCACGACCACGGCCACCGACCAGGACUCCUGGCCGGAGGCCGGCUCGGCGGCCACCGCCCCGGUGCUGGUCCUCGAUGGCAAGACCCUGCUCAGUCUCGGGGUGGUGGAUGAGAGUCCGGAGGCCGGCGAGGCGGCGGCCAGCGCCGGGCGCCGGGCCCUCGGGUCCAGCUUCGACCCGCUGACCGGGGUGGCCAGCUCGCUGCACAGCCUGCUGGAUACCACCCGCACCGCCGGCGGGGCCCGGCUCCUGCGCGACUGGUUGCAAUACCCGCCGGCGGUCCGGUCGCAGAUUGAACUCCGGCAGGAUGCCGUCGGGCAGCUGCUCACCGGGCCCGGGGCUUCCGGGGCCGAGGACCUGGCCGCCGCAUUGGCCGCCGUGCCGGACAUCGAGCGCCUGGUGUCGCGCUUGCAAACGGCCGGCGGCGCCUCCGGCGGGUCCAUCGGGCCCAAGAUGUUUGUGGACCUGGUGGCCGGUGUGGAGGCCAUGGCUCAGGUGGGCGAGACCCUGGGCCGGGUGGUGGAGCGUCUGGCCCGGGCGGCGGCCGAUCCGGCCGCCGUGGCCGAGGAUCCCGGCCUGGCGGAUGUCCGCGCGCCGCCCGGGCUGGUCCCGCGCUUGGAGGCCCUGGCGCGGGUCUUCCACGGGGCGCGGCUCCGGGCCACCGUGGCCAAUGUCUGGCGGCAGGUGGACCGGCCGGCGGCCCUGGCGGCGGCCGCUGCCACCGGCACGGCUGCCGCGGCGGCCGGCGGCCUGGCCCCCUGCGCCGGGUCCCUGCCGCCAUACGACCAGCUGGCCCAGAGCAUCGGCCGGCUGGAGGCCGAGGUGGAGGCCCUGCGCCGGGAUGUGGUCCGGCAGCUGGGCGCCGCGCGCGAUGCCGAUGUCUCCUUCCGGUCCAUCGGCAGCGAUCGGUUCCUGUUGGAGAUUUCGAACAGCGCGCGGCUGCGCAACCCCGGCCUCCUGGACCGGGCCCCGACCGGCGGGGCCCACACCAACUCGGAUUUCAUCCUGGUGUCCAAGACCAGCACCCUGCGGCGCUUCCUGACCCCGGCCGUGCGGGAUGUCAGCCAGCGCAUCGCCGAGCUGGAGGACCGCCGUGCCGAGGUCCUCCGGCUCUUCGGGGCCCGGCAUGCGGCCUUUGUGACCCGGCGCCAGGCCCGGCGGGCGUGGCUCCCGGCGGCCGAGGCCUGCGCCGAGCUGGACUGCCUGCUGGCGUUGGCCCGGGCCAGCAGCCCAUCCGGCCCGAUGGGUCCCUGCGUCCGGCCGCGCUUCGUGCCCCUGACGCCGGCCGAGCGCCGGCGGCCCCUGGCCGAGGCCUAUGUGCGUGUGGACCGGCUCCGGCAUCCGCUCAUGCGGGCCGAGCGCUUUGUGCCGAAUUCCCUGGCUUUGGGCCGGCGGCCGGCCGGCCUGGCCGCGGCCCUGGCCGCCGAAGGGGUGUCUCCCCCGGCCGGUGGCAAUGCCGACCAGCCCGGGGCCGCCGAUGACGAUGCGCACAUCCUCCUGCUGACCGGCCCCAACAUGGGUGGUAAGUCCACCCUCCUGCGGCAGGUGUCCCUGGCUGUCAUCCUGGCCCAGGUGGGUGCCCGGGUGCCGGCCGAGCACAUGCUUUUGAGCCGGCCGCUGGUGCGCAUCUUCACGCGCAUCGGUGCCAAUGAUGACAUUGUGGCCGGCCGGUCGACCUUCAUGGUGGAGAUGUCGGAAACCGCGCGGGUGCUGAAUCGCCAGCGGCAGCCGGGCCCCGGGGCCGUGUCCGGGUCGUCGCCCGGCUCGGCCGCCCUCCGGGCCAACCUCCUCUUCCCCACGAGCCUGCGCCACCCGUCGGCCGGGCCGUCGCUGGUCAUCCUGGACGAGCUCGGCCGGGGGACCAGCACGCAUGAUGGCUAUGCCGUGGCGUAUGCCGUGCUGCGGGAGUUGCUCGUUCGCCCGGCCGGCUCGCUGGUUCUCUUUGCCACGCACUACCACCAGCUGUCGGCGGCCUUCGUCCAGGGGCCUGGUGCCGAGCAGGCCGCCCGGGCCCCGGUCCGCGGCAUCCGCGCCUGCCACAUGUCCUACGCCCUGCACAAUGGUAACCUCGUAUUCCUGCACACUCUGGCCGCCGGACCGACUGAGGCCUCCUUCGGCCUGAAUGUGGCCCGCAUGGCCGGCGUCCCGGAGGGGAUCAUCGCACGUGCGGCCGAGGCAUCGCGCAAACUCCUGCCGGAGGGUGUCGCCCCCGGCCCCAGCCCUUCGGGCGGGCUGGGCAUGGUCAACCCGACAUCGAGCCCGGCCCCGGGGCCCGACGUCCUGGAGACCUACCAUUUGGCCGACUCGGUGGACCUCCUGCGCGCGGUGCAGGGCGCCCGCGCGGCGGCCGACGGCACGCUGGACUUCCAGACCGCCAACUUCCUCCUGCGUCUGCAGCGCUGAGGCCUGGCAUUGUCUCCCUCUCCCCUUCUCUCUCUCCCCCCCCCUCUUUCUUUCUUUCUUUCUCUCU